AAACUUUGAAUUGUGACGAGGUCUCUGUGACGAGGUCUAACUUCCUUUUCCGUUCUUGUUCUUGUGGAAUGUGCGUUGUGGACCAAGAUUUGGAAUAUAUUUGUUGGUUGGUGUGAAGCACUGCAGUUGCAAUGGCAGACAAUGACGAUCUCCUUGACUACGAGGAUGAAGAGCAGCCAGAGCAGCCAGUUGUGGAUGGAUCCACGGACACCGGGCACAAGAAGGAAGUGAAGGGAACCUAUGUGUCCAUACACAGUUCUGGCUUCAGGGAUUUCCUCUUAAAGCCUGAGAUAUUGAGAGCCAUAGUAGAUUGUGGUUUUGAGCAUCCAUCAGAAGUCCAGCACGAGUGCAUACCGCAAGCGGUGCUGGGCAUGGACAUCCUGUGCCAAGCCAAGUCGGGAAUGGGGAAGACAGCGGUGUUUGUCCUGGCCACGCUGCAGCAGUUGGAACCCACGGAGAACGUUGUGUACGUGCUGGUCAUGUGUCACACAAGGGAGCUGGCCUUCCAGAUCAGCAAGGAGUACGAGAGAUUCUCAAAGUACAUGCCACAGAUAAAGGUGGGAGUGUUCUUUGGUGGGCUGCCCAUCCAGAAAGAUGAGGAGGUGCUGAAGAGCAGUUGUCCGCACAUAGUGGUGGGGACACCAGGUCGAAUACUAGCAUUGGUGCGCUCCAAGAAGCUCAACUUGAAACACUUGAAACACUUCAUAUUGGAUGAGUGUGACAAGAUGUUAGAGCUCUUAGACAUGAGGAGAGACGUGCAGGACAUUUUCCGCAACACGCCUCACGGCAAGCAAGUCAUGAUGUUCAGUGCCACCCUCAGCAAGGAGAUCCGACCAGUGUGCAAGAAGUUCAUGCAAGAUCCGAUGGAGGUGUACGUAGAUGAUGAGGCAAAGUUGACGCUCCACGGACUGCAGCAGCAUUAUGUUAAGCUCAAGGAGAACGAGAAGAACAAGAAACUCUUUGAGUUGCUUGACAUUUUAGAAUUCAACCAGGUCGUCAUUUUCGUCAAGUCCAUCCAGAGAUGCAUGGCCCUGGCACAACUGCUCAUGGAGCAGAACUUCCCUGCCAUCGCGAUACACAGAGGCAUGACACAGGAGGAGAGGCUCUCCAAGUACCAGCAGUUCAAGGACUUCCAGAAGAGGAUACUUGUUGCUACUAACCUGUUUGGCAGAGGCAUGGACAUAGAACGAGUAAAUAUUGUAUUCAACUAUGACAUGCCUGAAGAUUCAGACACAUAUCUUCACAGAGUAGCCCGUGCGGGACGUUUUGGUACAAAGGGUUUGGCCAUCACAUUUGUUAGUGAUGAGGGAGAUGCAAAGAUCCUUAAUGAAGUACAAGAUAGGUUUGAUGUGAACAUCACGGAACUGCCAGAGGAGAUUGAUCUUUCAUCAUACAUUGAAGGGCGGUAAAAUGAUUGUUGCUGCCCGAUUGGUAUUCAUUUUGAUACCUGUCUGCAAUAACUGCAUGCAGGCCGGUGAUACACGUUCCACUGUUUCGAGUUCAAAGCUUCUACACUUAAUAGACUUUUUGCGAGUGAUCUGUUGUAAUCUCUUGCAUCAACAAUGUUGUAAAUGCUGUCGUACUGGGUAGUAUUUUAAAUGUGACUUCACUCUGCAAUUAUGAAGUGUUUUUUACACUGUCUUUAUAGUGUUGUGUGUUUUUAUAAAAAAAAAUUCAUUAAAUGAAUGUUCUUGUAAUGUAAAAAAUAUUUUAUUUCUUUUUUUUUUUUAAUUUAAUUUUAUGAAAUGUAAAGGAGCCUGGAAAUGUCAUAAAAUGUGGACUAAAAAGAAAUGUGUAGAAAUUAUACUGCUUAAAUUAUAUUCUUUUGAAUGAAGGCCAAAGUAAAAAAAAUUCAGCUGAUAGUCAUGCUUGGUACAGUUAGUUUUCUGUAACACAAUUGUAAGACUCCAAAAUGACAGCCUCUUUAAUGAAUAUUAAUUUAUAAAAACUUAUUCGAUGUGUUUGUAUUCAAGAAGAUUGGCAAUAGAAAUUGAUUUCCUGGUCACCAUUCUAACAUUUAGAACUAUUAAUGAUUCAUGAAAUUAUGUAAUGUCGAAUUAUACGUAGCAUUGAAAUAACGAUCAGCUUGAGAAAUAUAGUAUGUGUUAUAGUUAUGUCCACAGAUAUGCAAUGUAGCAUGACAUCAAGCAUAAAACAAUUUGUAAAAUACAUUGAAUUAUCUAAACAAAACACGAGCCAAAGGGACACAUGAUCUCUUUUUUUAUGUAGCAUUUAAAAUUGUUUAGUGUACUAACAAAGUUAUUACAUUCAAACAAAUUAAAUAUAUAUCAUUGUACCUAUUCAGUCCUUCCAAAACAAAAAUCUAGACACUAAUUUGUAAAUGAUUGCAGGCUAGUUAAAAUCAGUGAUCAUAUAGAGAGAGUACGUUAUCCGUUCAGUAUCCUCUGGACUUGAGCAAGAUAGAGUGCAUAAAAUUGUAGAAACAAAGUAUGGAUUAAAUUCUAUAGAAAUACUUUCAUUAAAA